UCAUUUUCUUUAUAUUAUAUUAUAUGCAGAGAGAAGCUUAUGUUAUGUAUUAACUACUUACUGUGUACUAAGCAGACAAAAAUGACUUCUUGGAAAUCAGUCUUGCUGUUCCUCAUUCCUUUCUUGCUUAUCUUUUUUGCUUCUCCAUCUUCUUUUGUUACUUCUUAUUCUUUAGAUGUACAAGAUGGUUUGUCCAAAAAUGCUGCAAAAGUUAAUCUCUCAGUCUACUAUGAAGCUCUAUGUCCUUCUUGUGCAGAUUUCAUUGUCAGAAAUCUCAUGACCAUAUUCAACAAUGGGCUUAUUGACAUCAUCAAUCUUAGGAUGAUUCCUUGGGGUAAUGCUCAUGUUAACAGAGUUAACAACACCAUGGUUUGCCAGAAUGGUCUUGACGAAUGCGAGUUAAAUACAAUACAAGCAUGUGCUAUUAAUGUGUGGAAUAAUGUGAACAAAUAUUAUGCUUUGAUUUACUGCAUUGAGUUCCUAGCAAUUGAAGGAAGGCAUCGUAAUUGGCUAACUUGUUUCAGUUCACUGGGCUUGUCCAAAAAACCAGUCAUGGAAUGUUACAAAAAUGGCAAUGGAACAAAGCUUGAUGUUGUAUAUGGUUAUGAAACUACGCACCUUAAGCCCCCUCAAACAUUUGUGCCAUGGGUACUCGUGAAUAAUCAACCGCUUGGAACUGACUAUAAAAAUUUUACAGCUUAUGUAUGCAAUGCAUACAAAGGCGACCCUGUACCCACCGCCUGCAUAAUGCCUAAGAUCAGCUCAGUUAAGGGGGCAAACCCAGUGUGCUACAGAGGUAUUGAAGCCAUGAGCAUGACUUCUCUGAGACCGAAGAAGAGAUUAUCGAGGUCGAGAAAAUCAUUCCACAAGGACCCUUCAGACUGAUUCACCGGCUGAAAUUUGAUGUCAAUAUUCACCUGAAUGAUAGCAUGCCGAAGUUGUGCAUUUUUUGUGCCACAGUUUCUUCAAUUUUGGUUUUGCCCCUGGCAGUGGCAGCCCCUUAAAAAGAUUUGUUAUGUACCGAAAGAAGCGGACAUCAAGAUUUACAGUGUCUGGCGCUGUAUGUAAACCUAAAGACAGCUCCCACCCAAAUGCAAGAUCACCUCAAGUUUUUAGCUCA